AUGGACGUGCGCAGUUCGCGAAUUUCAACCGCAACCUUCUACACUCUGUUUUGGGCCCUCUUCGGCCAGUCUUCCAAUAACGUUACCACAAUCGAGGAGGAACUGGCCAGCGUCUAUCCCGGGCAUAUGGAUCUGCGAGUAGACAACAGUUCCUUCAUGAUAACCAGUUUGGGCUCUAUUCUCUAUGCCAUUUACAAUGCCUGCAUGAUCAUAAUCUUGCUCAAUAUGCUCAUCGCUAUGAUGAGUAAGUCCUUCGAUGAGAUUCAGGGGGAUCGCCUAGAGGAAUGGAAGUUCGCAAGAGCGAACUUAUGGAUUGUCUAUAUCGAACAGGAGGGUGUACUACCGGCCCCAAUGAAUCUUUUGCCCUCGCGGGUGGCCUUGACCAAAAUUGUUCAACGAACCUGCAAAGCUCUGCGUCGAUGUAAAAGCCAGUUCCCCGCGUGCCCUAAUCAUCGAGCGCCCGAGGACAGGAUCUUCUUAAACCAGAGCAAUAGCGUAGACAGCUCAGGGCAAAUGAUUCAGUUAGAGCCGAAGCAGCAAUGGAGCGUCAGUGAGGACAAUCGAUUCCCCUCACGCAAAAAUUUACAGCCAAAGGACGAGGACCACCUCACCCAGGUCAAGUCCAACAUCAUGCGCCGGUUCUUAUUUCAACUACAGAAGCAAAAGGAGGCUGAAAACAAAUCUGGCGGUACGUAA